UUUGCAGAGGACAUACUAAAUCAUGAUAAUGAUGCUUUAGGAGAAAGAGUUGCAGAUUUAGAGAAGAAAGUGCAGGAACAGGCUGAUGAAAUUGUAUGCCUUCGUGGAACUUUAGCGGAUGUUUUAAGGCGUGUCACACAACUUGAAGGCCGUGCUGUUGUAAUUACUAGUAACAAUGUCCCAGCUCCAGUCAAAUCCACAAUAUCAGGUAAUGCACUGCCAUAUAGACCAUCCAAUGUUAGCUACCAAAGACAAGCAACUUCUCCCACAACAAACUCCGUCAAUUCUCAUCAUACUCCAACUACACCACAAACUCCAGGGCACCCAGGUCGAAAGUUGUCACAUUAUCCAUCGUCUGGCUCUCUUCACAGUGAAGGAGGACAUAGUUCAAGCUCUGCAUCACCUAUACCAUCUCCUUCUCCAUCAAUAACAAAUUCAAGAAGCUCUCCAUCACCAAGACACACGCCAUCUCCGAGCCGUCACAUAUCAAUGUCUACAUCAAAUUUAAAUGCAAUGAAGAAGUGGUCAUCAAGUCAAGAAUAUUUAACAUCAAAUAAUAAUUCAAGGAGAAUAACCAGUGGAUCAUUAUUCAAUUUGAACGUGCGAAGUUCAACUCCAAUUCAGACUAGGCAUGGCACCAAAGAAGCAGUUUUAAUGCAAGAAGAAGGGAUUGUGAAGAUGUACCUUCGUGGAAGACCAUUAGCUAUUCACAUACCGACUGAAUACUUGCAAGAUUAUUCUUUGAAUAAAGUAAAUAAUGCUCCAUCCCAAAGAUUAAAAUUAGAGUGGGUUUAUGGCUAUAGGGGCAGAGAUUGCAGAUCAAAUCUGUAUUUCUUACCUACCGGUGAAAUGGUUUAUUUCAUUGCUUCUGUUGUUGUGUUAUACAAUGUUGAAGAUCAGAUUCAAAGACAUUAUCUUGGCCAUACAGAUGAUAUUAAAUGCCUUGCUCUUCAUCCUAACAAGUUACUGAUAGCGACAGGUCAAGUAGCUAGCAUUGAUAGACGAGAACGUAGACCCCGUUUAUCAAAAAGGCCUCAUGUAAGGAUAUGGGAUUCUGUAAGCUUACAUACCCUUCACAUUAUUGGAGCAGGUGAAUUUGAACGUGCUGUUUGUUGUGUGGCGUUUUCUCAUGCGGAUGGUGGAGCAUUGUUAUGUGUAAUUGAUGAAUCUGUGGAACAUACUCUUUCCUUGUGGGAUUGGCAGAAAGGUGAAAAGGGCCAUAAAAUAACUGAAACAAAAAGUGCCACAGAGACUGUUCUUGCUGCUGAAUUUCAUCCUAUGGACAGGCAUACACUAAUAACUGUUGGUAAAAAUCACAUUCACUUUUGGGAUACAGAAGGUGGAACUCUAGCUAAAAAGCUUGGCCUUUUUGAGAAGCAAGAUAAACCAAGAUACGUUUUAUGCAUAUCUUUCACAGAAACUGGUGAAUUGUUAACAGGGGAUUCUAAUGGCAACAUUUUAAUUUGGUCAAGAGGAUCAAAUAGAGUAUCUCGAACUGUGUACAAUGCCCAUGAUGGUGGUGUAUUUUCAAUAUGUUCUAUGAAAGAUGGAACUUUCCUAUCAGGUGGUGGUCGCGAUCGGAGAAUUGUUGAAUGGGAUCAUACAUUAUCACGGACAGGACGUGAAGCAAAGUUACCAGAACAGACUGGUGGUGUUCGUGCCUUAGCCCAAGGUAAAGGUAGCAUGCUUCUUGUUGGUACAACAAAGAAUUGUAUCCUGCAAGGCACUUUAUCCCUAAAUUUUUCAUUAAUUGUUCAGGGCCAUACUGAAGAACUUUGGGCACUUGCUGUCCAUCCUAGCCAAAGCCAGUUCAUCAGUGGUGGUCAUGAUCAUUACAUACACCUUUGGGAUACAAUGUCUCACUCAGUUGUAUGGAGUAAAGAUAUUGGAGAAGCAGUUCAGUCAGCAUGUUAUUCACCGGAUGGAAGUGUAAUUGCUCUUGCCACCACCUCUGGCAGGUGGUCUGUAAUGGAUGCAACAACACGUCAAAUAUAUUCAAUGCAUGCUGAUGGCAAUGAAGCCAUAGAUUGCAUAAAAUAUUCACCGGAUGGGCGAUUUCUUGCCAUUGGAUCUCAUGAUAACUACAUUUAUGUUUAUCAAGUAGAUGAUGAGUACAAGAAAUAUAACAGGAUAGGUCGAUGCAUGGGUCAUUCCAGUUUUAUAACUCAUCUUGAUUGGUCUGAAGACAGUACAUACCUUCAGACUAAUUCUGGAGAUUAUGAACUCUUAUAUUGGAAUGCUGGUGUUUGUCGACAAGUUAGCAAUAUGUCUAUUGCUCGAGAUAUUAAGUGGUAUACACAGACAUGCACGUUAGGUUUCAGUGUACUAGGGAUAUGGCCUGAAAAUGCUGAUGGCUCUGAUGUUAAUGCUUGUUCUCGAGCUCAUAACCAAAAGAUAUUAGCUACUGGAGAUGAUUUUGGAAAAGUGAAUUUAUAUAGCUAUCCUGCCUGCCAACCAAAGUCUCCUCACCAUAGUUAUGGUGGUCAUAGCAGUCAUGUAACAAAUGUUGACUUCAUUCCUGAUGACACACGUCUAGUAUCUCUUGGAGGCAGAGACUGUAGUAUCAUGCAGUGGGCAUUAACUUGAAGAAAUACAAAAGAAAAAGAUAAUGUAUGAAUUGAACUUAUUAUUUAAAUAAAACUGCAAGACCUAUCUUGACAAUGUUGAUGUUAAGGAUAUGAGUUUGAAAUUAUUAUUAUCUCAAAGACUGCAAGCAGUGAAAAGUAAUAGGAAAUUAAAUUUUUAGCUUUGUGAAAAUUAAGCAUAGAAGGCGAUUUUUUUUUUUUUUUUUUUUAAAUUCAUCUGCAUGUGUAGUUUGAUUUCACAUGAAGGCUAAGCAAUAAGGCUACUCACUUUAAAAUAAUAUGUAUAAAGUAAUUUUUGCUUGCAACAUAAACAUUAUAUAAUGUAUAUUGUGUUCCCUUUGGAGUAUUUUUGAAGUUCUAAUCUCUAAAGCUGUUGAAUAAUGAACUUAAAUGUAAUGUAUAUUUAAAAAUAUUAUGGUCUGAAUUCAUAAUUUAAAUCAUUAUUUUAAUUUUUGCUGUUUUAACUUAAUACUUCUGAAGUUUACUGAAAAUCCAAUAGGUGUAUAUAUUUUAUACAUCAAGAUAGAUUAAUGUUGAAAUGUCUUGUUCAGAUACCGUAAAUUAUUACACUAUUAAAAAUUAUAUUUCCUGUUUGCAUUAUCUGUGACCAUUCAAUGUUAAAUAUUUAAAAACGAAGUAUCUAUAUUUUUGCUUAAAAAUCAAAAAUUUGUACCUGCAAUAUUUGACAUGUUUUGUACUGCUGUAAUUUUAAUACUUCAACAAAGAAACAGAAUUCUUUUUUGUGUUUAAAAUUACAUUUUGCAACCUUUAUUUUAUUUGUGGCUAACUAUGUAAAAAAUAUAUAAGCAAUGUGCUUCACUUUUGUCAACUGCCAUGUUUUUACUGACAGCUAUACAGUCCUUUGUUUACUAUUUAUAUACAUGUUAAAUAUAAAUUUCACUGUGAAUUAUAAAAUGUGCCUUUUACUGAUAAAAUUUCUGCAGAGUGCAAUGUUUAGAAUGACAUAUAUCUAAGCAUAUAUAUGCAAUGUUGGAAUGCAUUUAAAAAUAUAUUGGGUAUAUUGUUGGAGAAUGGUUAUUUUGUUAAUUAUUACAUAGAAACCAUACAUUUAAUUAAAUUUGAUAUUUAUAUUUAUGAUUUUUAAGUAGAAGUAUUGAGUAAUGCCUUUCUUGUGAGUUAAUUUCUUAAAAUUUUAAAACUAGGUUGGAUUAUUGGAAUGUUUUCCAAGUAUAUGUUGGACCCUUAAGCUUCGUUCAGACGGGGGCAUAAAGGGCACAAGUGGUUAAAGCCGAGCUCCGUUGCCAAGGCAACCAGUCUGUGCUAUGUCACAAAAUCUGGUUUAGGGCUCGUGGAAUAGGGUUCAAAGUUUUC